AUGGCUGCUAAAAAAAUCAAUUCUCUUCUUUUAGAUAUUGAGGGAACAGUCUGUCCUAUUUCUUAUGUUAAGGAUGUUCUUUUCCCAUACGCCAAAAAUGCUGCUGCGGAAAAAAUCCCUCCUCUCACUCAAUAUUUUCCUCUUCCUGAUAAUGUAAAGGAUCUUGAUCUUGGUGCUUCUACUGGCACCGUCGUUUCAUCUGACGAUACCGAACUUUUAGGUUAUUUGUGUGCAUUCCCCCAAGCUGCACGACAAAGUCCUGUAUCACUACUUGGGCAUAUUGACGGUCUAAUUGAUAACGAUGUUAAGGACCCAGCUUUGAAGGCCUUACAGGGAUAUUUGUGGCAUUCUGGUUAUGUAAGUGGAGAAGUGACGGCCCCUGUUUACCCCGAUGCUGUGAAGGCUAUUAAGAAAUAUUCUAAAGAACUUCCUAGUGGGGUCUCUAUAUAUUCUUCUGGUAGCGUUAAGGCCCAGAUUUUGCUUUUCAAGCACACCACCGAUGACGGUGAUCUGACGCCUUAUUUGUCAGAUUACUUUGACACAAUUAAUGCAGGACCUAAAACUGUUAAGGAAUCUUACGAAACCAUUUCCAAUCUACUUGGUGUUCAAAACGAUACCAUUUUGUUUUUGUCAGACAACCCUAAAGAAGUUGAAGCUGCUGUAGCUGCUGGGUUCAAUUCUUACAUUGUUGUUCGUCCCGGGAAUGCGCCACUUCCCGAAGAUGCUAAAACCAAGUACAAAGUGAUUACAACUUUAGAUGAUAUUAUUUAA